UACCGCGGAGGGCGGACACCAGUCACCAGCGUCACCAUGGGGUGCGGACUGCGCUGGCCGCCGCUGGUGCUAGUGACGGCGCUGGGGCUGCUGCUGUGGGCCGCCAGCACAGAGGCGCUCGCACAAGGAUUACGCCGGUCGGGUCCGCCGCCGCCCUGCUCCGACCACUGCCUGCCCGGCCAGGACUGCCGCGUCGGACGGCGCAGCGGCCGCGUCUUCUGCCUCGGGGGACUGACGAGACUCAACGACGACGACGACGAGGUCACAGCCGGCGGCCGUCGCUGCCGGUGCCGCACGAAGAAGGGCAAACGCUGCCGGAGGCGCCGGUCCAGCUCCCGCUCCAAGUCCAGGUCACGCUCCAGGUCGCGGUCGCGCUCGAGAUCGCCGUGUGUGUGCCUGUGUGACCGGGUCGCAGUGCGCGGCAGGCGCCCGGUGACGCCCCAGGUCGUGUACUCGGCGCGACUGGCGAGGUCGCCCACCUUCCCCGGGGCGGCGGCACACCGGUUCGGAGGGCCUCAGCCGUUCGGGGCGCCGCUCCGGCCGCCCAUCUACCGGGAGCAGUUUCAGCGGCGACAGCAGCCCGCGUCCUACCACCAGCAGCAGCAGUACCACCAGCAGCAGCCUUACCAGCAGCAGCAGCCGUACCAGCCUCAGCUGCCGUACCAGCCUCAGCUGCCGUACCAGCCCCAGCAGCCUUACCAGCAGCAGCAGCAGCAGCCGUAUGCCGGCCACCCGGCGCCGCAGAGCCAGCAUCCCCCGUACGCCGGCGCCGGCCACCGCCCGGCGCCACCCGCCUACCCCCCGCCGUCGGCGGCGGGCGGUCAGCUGGUGCACGGGCCGGCGCCGCCGCCGCGGCCGGCCACCUGCGCCGACCUGGCCUGCCACGGCCGGCCCUGCCUGCUGGCCGCGCCCGCCGCCUGCAGCCGCUCCGUCCGGCAGCCGACUGCGCCUGCAGCCGCUCCGUCCGGCAGCAGACAGCGGCUGCAGCCGCUCCGCCCGGCAGCCGACUGCAGCCGCUCCAUCCGGCAGCAGACUGCAGCGCCUGCAGCCGCUCCGCCCGGCAGCCGACUGCAGCGCCUGCAGCCGCUGUAA